GAUGAAUGGAAGUAAAUCAAGAUACCCAGUCACUUUUUCAUCUGUUCAUUACGAUCAAUCUUUGAACUUCUUCAAAACAAAAAAUCAAAGCAAGCACAUCAGCAACUCCUCGAAUAUCAAUUUAUCAAACCCGUCACACAAAACUCCAUAAAAAUGGUCGUCACAGUUCCCAGCGCCUCCCUCGAGGGCCAGGUCGCACUCAUCACCGGUGCUGGCCGCGGUAUCGGACGAGGCUGCGCCAUCGAGCUCGGCAAGCGCGGCGCCUCAGUCGUCGUAAACUACGUAUCAUCAGAAGGUCCCGCCAACGAAGUAUGCGAGAUUAUCCGAGGCUUCAACAACGGCGCCAAAGCCGUUGCCAUCCAAGCUGAUGUGAGCAAAGUAUCCGAGAUCCACCGGCUGUUCGAGGAAGCAAAGCAGGCUUUUGGCAAGAUCAACAUUGUCAUGAGCAACUCCGGCACCGAGAGCUGGGACAAGACCGAGGAGAUUAGCGAGGAGAAGUACGACCAUGUUUUCAACUUGAACACGCGAGCACAGUUCUUCGUUGGUCAGACGGCGUACAAGUACAUUGAGGAUAACGGCCGUAUCAUCCUCAUGAGCUCCAUUGCCGCUGGUCUUCUCGGUGUAAAGGAUCACGCUCUCUACAACGCUUCCAAGAUGGCUGUUAUUGGCUUCAUCAAGGCUUUUGCGACCGACUUUGGAAAGCGUGGUGUUACCGUUAACGGUGUUGCGCCUGGUGGCAUCAAGUCAGACAUGUUCACCCAAAACGCAUGGCACUACAUCCCAGGUGGCACCCCUGAGUGGCCAGCGGAGAAGAUUGAGAGCCUCAUGGCGAGCCACUGCCCUCUAGGCAGGUGUGCGGUCCCCGAGGAUGUUGCGAGGGUUGUGGCUUUCCUUGCUUCUGAGGAUGGCGGUUGGGUCAAUGGACAGGUGCUUACUAUCUCUGGAGGAUCAUCUCAGUAAUCGUAGUACCAGAGAAUGGGGUGACGAGGAAGAUGUGAUUUUUUGAUUGAAAGGUUCUGGAGCGCGUGUUUAUGAUGGUGAAAUAGUUGUAGUAUGCUAGCGCUCGAACAAAAUAAAUUUGACUAUUACCA